UUGAGAAAGUCAUUAUGUUUUUAUCCUAUUUAGGUAAAUUACUCUAGAAAAAAUGAGUAGAAUAUACUAUAAUAUACCUCAUGAUCAUGGAAAACAGACUCGAUGCCAUACACAUCCCCGCUAUUUCUUAUAGACUGUAAUCUUAUGAAUGGAUGAGGCGUGAUUGUAGAUGAGCAAGGUGUCAGGAAGUAUCUAUUUCUUUUAAAGCAUACCAAAAUUGAGCCAUUUUUGAUAAUUCAUUUUCCAUGGAGCAACUGGGAAAUUGAGGCGUGGGUGGAAGGGGCGGAAUGACCCCCUUUUAUAGACAUGUUCUGUGGCAAGGCAAGUGCAUAAUAAUCCUGCACAAUUAUAACAGCAGAAUGACCCAUUAAUGGCAGCAUGAAUGUUAGUUAUGGGAGCAGUAAAUUAAACUAUAUUCAAAUUUUUGCAGUAUGUACUUUUAUUGUGUAUUGGAAAAGCAGCAAAAUGAAUUGAACUUGUAAAAAGACCUCCCACAUGAGUGGUUUUGGUGAACUUUUUCUUGUUGUCCUUUCUGCCCUCUUCUUUAUACUCCAUAAUUUAGCAUAUAAAAACUGUAAAUCUGCAGACAUUGACUGCAAAAUUGCAUUCUCUGCAAUUCAAUCUAACUUUUGCAACUCUUCCUUUACUUAUUUAUAGAUUGCGUGAAUUUCAAUUUUUAGUUGAUGGAAUUUUAUUUGAUCGAAGAAAAAUAUUGCGUAAUCAAGAACUUCUUAUCUCGCCAGAAGAUCUAAAGAAUUUAUGUUUGAUUGAAAUUGAGAAGUUACUUAAUUAAAACGGACGAUCCUUAAAAGAGUUUGAUGCCGAUUAGAUAUAUCUAUAUAUAUAUAUAUAUAUAUAUAGAUAGAUGUAUAUAUAGAGAGAUUGUAGUGCAUGUCGGUCUCGGCGGAUCUCAAUCUGUCUUGGGCGCUGCAAUUCAUAGCCACCGCGUUCUUUAUAGCCCUGGGACUGCUGCACCUCCUCAAGACCACCGCCUCAAAGUACUUCGUGGUCGACGACGCCAACUUCAAUUCCGCCUCCGCCGGCAAGAUGGAGGCGUUGGACGAAGGCUGCCCGGUCUGUAGCCGCCCUGCCUCCAAGAUGUGCUCUGGUUGUAAGAGGGUCAAGUACUGCUCUGAAGCUUGCCAAAGUUCGCAUUGGAACUCUGGUCAUAAGUUAAAAUGCAGAGCUUUUAGAUCAUCAUGCAUGAAUAAAUCAGCAAUGGGAUCAUCUACAAUGCGGAGGAGGAGAACUUCUGAAAUUUCACUAGUACCUGCUAGUGGAACGUCUAAGACACUCAGCCAUUCAGGAAAGAUACUAUUCCCAUAUGAGGAAUUUGUAGAACUUUUCAACUGGAAUAAGCUGGGCUUUCCUCCUUGUGGUCUUUUAAAUUGUGGAAACAGCUGCUUUGCCAAUGUGGUUUUGCAAUGUCUUGUUUACACUAGGCCGCUGGUUGCUUACAUACUCAAGAAAGGCCAUGUCAGAGAAUGUAAACGGAAUGAUUGGUGCUUCUUUUGUGAAUUUGAACGUCAUGUUGAGAAGGCAAGCCAAGGUCGACAACCCUUUUCACCAAUCAACAUUCUAUCACGGCUGCCUAGUUUAGGCUGUAAUCUUGGCUGUGGAAAACAGGAAGAUGCUCAUGAGUUCAUGAGGUUUGCUAUCGAUACAAUGCAAUCAGUGUGCCUUGAUGAAUUUGGUGGAGAAAAGGCUGUUCCUCCUAGCUCACAAGAAACCACUCUUAUUCAGCAUAUAUUUGGUGGCCGGCUUCAAUCUCAGGUCAUUUGUUCACAAUGCAAUAACAUCUCAAAUCAGUUUGAAAAUAUCAUGGAUCUAACUGUGGAAAUUGAUGGUGAUGUUGCUUCUUUGGAGCAAUGUUUAGAUCAGUUCACUGCUAAAGAGUCACUUCAUGGAGAUAAUAUGUAUAAAUGUGACAGAUGCAAUGACUAUGUUGCGGCAUGUAAGCGUCUUAUGAUCUGUCAGGCACCAAACAUCCUUACCAUUGCCUUAAAGCGGUUUCAGAGGGGGUGGUUCGGAAAACUUAAUAAGAAGGUGACCUUUCCAGAGACUUUAGACCUUUGUCCUUACAUGAGUAGGACAGGAGAGAGAGAUGAUUUUUACAAGCUGUAUGCGGUCAUUGUUCACAUUGACAUGCUGAAUGCAUCCUUUUUUGGACAUUACAUAUGCUAUGUCAAGGAUUUUUGUGGGCAGUGGUACAGAAUUGAUGAUUGUAAGGUUGCUUGUGUUGAUCUGGACGAGGUUCUUUCACAGGGGGCCUACAUGCUAUUAUAUAGCAGGAUUUCUGCGCGACCAACAUCCUUAUAUCAUGUUGAAAAUCCAAAGAAAGAGGAGCAGGUGGUUGCCGGAGUGGAAGAAGUUGACUGCCGCGCUACAUCAGAAUCCCUUGAAUCUUCUCUUCCAACCGGUUCAUUGUCAACAGAUGAAAGUUCUAACACAAAAACUAAUACUUCUGAUAUAGAGGAAGUACAUUUGGGGAAAAGUGUUGAAGUUGAAGUUUCUAGCGAGGAUCAAGAUAUGUUGGAUUAUGAGCCCUCUGCUGAGCCACUCAUUUCUGAUUCACAUUUGUUGAGAAGCUCAACCGGGAAUGGUCAAGUUAAUUCCUCUGACCAAGGCGAAUUGCAGAGUAUGGUUUCAUCUGUCAUAUCAAAUGGCGAUAGACCAGGAAAUGCGGUAACUGCAAAUGCCAGUCCUAAGCAGCGAAGUAAUGGCAUUCAAGAUGGGUUCAACAAAUCUUGCAAGAAACCAAAGCCACUAUUCCCCCCUGGUUUUCUUCUUGACAAGCCUCCGCGGAAAGUUGUACAGGGAAAGCCUCCAUUGGAGCAGAAUGGUUUUGCUGAGCUAAACGUACAGGAUAACAAGCGCCAUCCGGCUCAUUUUGUGAAUAAUUAAUUUUGAAGGCAAGGAAAAAAAGAAGCUUAUUUCAGAACCGUCGACCUUUGACUUGGACUAUACGAAGUAGUAUUUACUUAUAUCUUCAUCUCCAUUGCCUUACUGCAUAGUGUUCCAAUUUUUUUCGAGCAUCUUCUUGGACAGGCUGAUACCACCAGAUGAUCGUUCCAAUUCUUGACGGUUUUGAAGAUUCAACUUCAGAAGAGGUUUUAAAUAAGUGGCAAAACGGUGACUUAGAGGUUUUAUUCACCUCAUUCCUGUUUUUCUUAUUAUUUUUUCAUGGUUUAUCUAUAUAUAUUCAAGAAAUCCUGAUGGGUUCUUUUUAGUGAUGGGAGGGCACUUUGCAGCUAGAAAAACACAUGUCCUGCUAUUUAGAGAAAGUUAUUAUGUUUUAGUGCUGUUUAAGUAAAUUCCUCAUAUAAUU